GGCUUUUUUUUUUCUCUCCUCCGUUUCUCAUAAACGUACGCUGUCGCCUUUUCAACGUAGCAGUUGAAUCCUAUUGAAAGCGGAGCAGCGCGGCUUGUCAAAAAACGCAGCGUUGGACACGUUGACCAGUGCAGAGCGGCGGCAGAGGAGGAGAAGACGAAGAAGAAGAAGAAGACGAGGCGUCUAAGAGGGAGGCGGCGGGUCUCUUCAAUAGGAUAAUUAUUUUUCUUAUUUAUCCUUUCGUCUUCGCUGGAAUAACUCCUCUUCUUCGUGUGAGACACGCCGGUUCGCCAUGAGUCUAUCUUUGUAGCGGAAAAGAGACGUUAUAUAAGGCGAGUAACGGACAGAGAUGAGACCGUACGUUACAGCAUAGCGGCACAAUAAUCGCAUGUGCUGGCUGGUUUCGACGCUGAGAGGCGACAGAGACGUAAGACCUCAUGGACAAAAAUUGAAUUUGUCGAUGUGUGUGUGUUUUCCAUCACGUUUUUGAUUAAUUUAUUACAGCUGAUAGCUAGCUUGGAAGCCGCUGCCAAUGCUGGCCCAUUCACUAUUGUGUGCGUUUGAUUUAACUUAGCUAGGCGGCUAAUCAGGACGCGCUGCCGCUGAUGAGCCCGUGUGCGUAGCGGAAUGAUGAGCCGAAGAAACCUCCAGACAGUCGCGGAUGGCUCCGAUUAACGGUCAAAACACUAUUAAAUAAUUGGUUUGUUUGAUUAAUAAAUACAGGCGCAUAGCCACUGUGUGUGUGUGGUCAGACCUGGUGGGCCCUAGCUAUAAUUCAUAAAACUAUCCUGAAUGCGAAGAAUGGGCCCAUGCCUUAAUUUGGAAAACAAAGAAUUAGGCUACUGAGGAGGGUAAGCUGGUUAGAUAAGAUUGAUUUUGUGUUUUAGGUGAGCUAGCAAGCUUGUUGACGGAUUAGUCACACAGUCUGGACUGUACAGCUCCCAGGAAUCCCUGUGUCCCGCAAUCGGAGUGAUUUCCCCCCGGUUUCUGCUCUUUCUGCGCCGCACUACAAUGGGCGGUCACACCGGGGACACCGGGCCGGUAGAAGUGGAUCCAAUGCCGGGAUACUGGGACCUCUUCAUCAGAGCCUCCACUGCCAUGCUGGAAGCAUGGAGAGACUGUAGUUCUUGCGGUCUGGAGCUCACCAAACGGACUCUCCUGGAUAACGCGUACAUUACCUGGAAGGAAAUAUUCCUGUUCUUCUUUUGCGCCUUUUUGUGGACGCAGAUCAGGCGGGGAUUGACAGAAAGUCUGUUCAAGCCUCUUGCACGGUGGUGCAGGCUGCUGCCCAAAGAUGCUGCCAAGAUGCCGGAGAGCGCGUGGAAGCUGGUCUUCUACACCAUGUCGUGGUGCUACAGCACCUACCUGCUCUUCUUCACUUCCUACCCCUUUUUCCACGACCCACCCUCUGUCUUCUACAACUGGAAGAGCGGUAUGUCAGUGCCUCUAGACAUCGCCAUAGCCUACCUGAUCCAGGGCAGCUUCUACGGCCACUCCAUCUAUGCUACAGUCUACAUGGACGCAUGGAGGAAGGACUCUGCUGUCAUGGUGGUGCACCACAUCAUCACACUGGCGCUCAUCAUCUUCUCCUACGCUUUCAGAUACCACAACGUAGGGAUUCUGGUGUUGUUCCUCCAUGACAUCAAUGACAUUCAGCUGGAGUUCACCAAGCUCAACGUCUACCUGAAGUCCAGAGGAGGAGGCUAUUACCUGCUCAAUGACGUGCUGUCCAACAUGGGCUCUGUCAGCUUCAGCAUCACUUGGUUCUGGUUCCGUCUCUACUGGUUCCCUCUAAAAGUGCUGUACGCCACAUGUGUGUCCAGUCUUAAGUCUGUCCCCACCAUCCCCUUCUACUUCUUCUUCAACACCCUUCUCCUCGCUCUGCUCGUCAUGAACAUCUACUGGUUCUUGUUCAUCGUGGUGUUCGUAGUGAAGGUGCUAAAGUUGAAGGAGGUGAACGACGUCAGGGAGUACGAGGACGAAGACGGCAGCAAGGCAGCAGCGGGCCUGCUCAGAAAGCCUCAGGCUGUGAACAACGAUGAUGAUGAUGCUGGACAUCACAUCUCUGCCCAGGGGAAGCACGUGCAGAACGGGAUCUCCAAGGAGAAGCAUCUAUAACAGGCUCUCUGUCGCCACCACCUGGCACUAGGCUACGAGUACAAGCAAAGACGAGACGCCCUCCUCGGAUAGCUCACGCUCCAAAAAGAAAAAAAAAAACCCAACAAAAAAAAAAAAACGUGGCUGAAGGGAAGAGCGUCAUAAAAAAGAAAAAGGAAGGAAAAAACCUAGUUAGGGCGCGACACGUUUUUAUUCUUUUCAAUUUGUUUUAGACCAUUUCAUUUCAUCACUGUCAUUUUUGUUUUUAUUAGAGCACUGUGAAUGUUAUUUCAAGUGACAUUUUUGUCUUAUUGUUGCUAACUUUGCAUUUGAUAGAUUCAAUAGAAACAAUCCAGUUUCCGUGCGAGGUGGGCUGUAGUUGUCAUGUACAGUAGUGCAGGGUGUCAUAAUUAUCACCGUCACCCUUAACAGCACCCAGACAGUGACGAAGAUUAGACCUGUAGUGAUUUGUCUGUAGACAUCUAGACCUGCAGUGACUUGAUAAUCAGGCAAUACGCCAUCAGUGAAAUAUUUCAGUGUUUCCUAAGGUCCCUGUCUGGAAUUUUUUUUUUUUUUUUUUGCUUUCCUCCUCUCCCCUCCUCAUCAUCCGUCCCUCAUCUUCAAUCUCCAGGCGUGAGGAGAGAAAAAGGCUGCAAAACAUGAUUCAGAUGGAAAACACUGCGUCGUUUGUUCCUGAGUGUUGUGUCUCAUAGCUGCAGCGAUGCAGGAGAGCCCCGGUUCAUCCGCUGCUGUUUUCACCACAUGUAUUGAUUUUCAUAUCAUUGCACAAGUCGGUGGUGGCGACCGCACAGCUCCCCACCCCCCCCCCCC